AUGGAGCUGGAGGCGCCGGACGACGCGGGCAGCGCCGGCGGGGCCGAGGCGGGGGCCGGAGCCGUCACCCCGGAGGCGGCGUGGGGGGCCCUGGAGCCGGCUGGAGGACUGGGACCUAAGAAAAUGGUUCUGACGGAGGGGACCUUUACCUUUUACACCUCGAAACCUUUCCUUUCUCAGGCACCGUUCCUGACGGGGCAGCCGGGGGUCGGCCAGGGGAAGAAGAUAGGCCACCGGGGAGUGGACGCCUCAGGGGAGACGACGUACAAGAAGACCACCUCGUCCACGCUCAAAGGGGCCAUCCAGCUCGGCAUUGGCUACACCGUGGGGAACUUGAGUUCCAAGCCGGAAAGAGAUGUCUUGAUGCAGGAUUUUUACGUAGUGGAGAGCAUUUUCUUUCCCAGCGAAGGCAGCAACCUCACGCCCGCCCAUCACUAUCCUGACUUCCGGUUCAAAACCUAUGCGCCCGUGGCUUUUCGCUAUUUCCGAGAGCUUUUCGGCAUUCGCCCAGAUGAUUAUUUGUAUUCCUUAUGCAACGAACCUUUGAUCGAACUGUCCAACCCUGGGGCCAGCGGAUCCCUCUUCUACGUCACCAGCGAUGACGAGUUCAUCAUCAAGACCGUUAUGCAUAAAGAGGCGGAGUUCCUUCAGAAGCUUCUCCCAGGAUACUACAUGAACUUGAACCAGAACCCACGGACUCUACUGCCCAAGUUCUACGGUCUCUACUGCGUCCAGUCUGGAGGCAAGAACAUCCGGGUCGUGGUGAUGAACAACAUCCUGCCCCGGGUGGUGAAGAUGCACCUGAAGUACGACCUGAAGGGCUCCACAUACAAGCGCCGCGCAUCCAAGAAGGAGAAGGAGAAGUCGAGUCCCACCUACAAGGACCUGGACUUCAUGCAGGACUUGCCGGAAGGCAUCAUGCUGGACACGGACACCUUCAGCGCUGUGGUGAAAACCCUGCAGAGGGACUGCUUGGUGCUUGAAAGCUUCAAAAUCAUGGACUACAGCCUGCUACUGGGGGUCCAUAAUAUCGACCAGCAGGAGCGGGAACGGCAGACUGACGGAGCCCAGAGCGUGUCCGACGAGAAGCGGCCGGUGGGCCAGAAGGCUCUCUACUCCACGGCCAUGGAGUCUAUCCAGGGCGGGGCGGCCCGGGGGGAGUCCAUCGAGACAGACGACACGAUGGGUGGCAUUCCAGCCGUGAACGGCAAAGGGGAGCGCUUGCUGCUGCACGUGGGCAUCAUAGACAUCCUCCAGUCCUACAGGUUCAUCAAGAAGCUGGAACAUACGUGGAAGGCGCUGGUUCACGACGGGGACACGGUGUCGGUUCACAGGCCCAGCUUCUACGCGGAGAGGUUCUUCAAGUUCAUGACCAACACUGUGUUCCGGAAGAGUUCCUCUCUGAAAUCAUCUCCCUCCAAGAAAGGACGCGGGGCCUUGUUAGCCAUCAAGUCGCCCGGCCCAAUGGCUGCCUUCUCCGCCAGCCAGAUCCCCCUGGAGAAGGACGAGGCCCCGUAUGACCUCCGCGGGGCCCGGAGUUACCCGACUUUGGAGGAUGAAGGCCGACCAGACCUGCUUCCUUGCACCCCUCCGUCUUUCGAAGAAGCAACCACUGCCUCCAUAGCCACCACGCUCUCGUCAACGUCUCUUUCUGUCCCCGAGCGAUCUCCUUCCGAGUCCUCGGAGCAGCCCAGGUAUAGGCGACGUACGCAGUCCUCGGGACAGGAGGGAAGGUCUCGCGAAGAGGUCCGGGUCGAAGACGAUCUCCAGCAGAUCACAGUGGAGCUGAAGCCCAAGUGUGACAUCGAGAUCGUGUUCCCCUGUGGAGCCGAUGUGGGCACAGAGGCCGAUGCUGCUGCAGCGGCAGCUUCUAUCGAGGUGGAGACGGCCAGCCAAGCCUCCGAGCCGGCCAGCCAGCCCUCGGACGAGGAGGACCUCCCAGUCCCAGAUAUCUAUUUUUUCACAGAUGGAAGGUAUUGGAUUUACUCUCCCCGCCUGCGCAGGCUCCGAGCCGCCUCAUUUUCCUCUGGGAGCCCGACAGACGAGAGGAGCUGGGUAUAUUCUCCUCUCCAUUAUAGCCCUCAAGUCCACUCAGUCUCCGAUGAGGAGAGUGAUACAGAAUUACGGGGGUCAGAAAAGGGGGCCUUGGCAGACUUCAGCCCCAGCAUGGCUUCCUCUGGGAACUGA